UGUCUAUGAAAAAUAUUGGUGAAAAAAUUGUCUGCCUUGUAUUCUAUCAUUUGUUUUUCAUCAUGUUCGUGUGGUCAUACUGGAAAACCAUCUUUACAAAGCCAAUGAAUCCGAGUAAGGAGUUUCAUCUGUCAUACACCGACCGAGAACAAAUUGAACGUGAGGACCGAGGUGAAGGUCAACAGGAAGUCCUUAGACGAAUGGCUAAGGAGUUACCUAUUUACACAAGAACCUUAUCUGGAGCAAUUCGAUACUGUGACAGAUGCCAACUUGUGAAGCCAGAUCGUUGUCACCACUGCUCAGUCUGUGACAAGUGCAUUUUGAAGAUGGACCAUCAUUGCCCUUGGGUGAACAACUGUGUUGGAUUCUCCAAUUACAAGUUUUUUUUCCUUUUCUUGGCUUACUCCUUGCUUUACUGCAUUUUUAUCGCUGCCACUGACCUGCAGUACUUUAUCAAGUUUUGGAUGAAUGGCUUGCCAGAUACUCAAGCUAAGUUCCACAUCAUGUUCCUGUUCUUUGCAGCUGCAAUGUUUUCGAUCAGCCUGUCCUCCCUCUUUGGAUAUCAUUGCUGGUUAGUCAGUAAAAACAGGUCUACCCUUGAGGCCUUCAGAGCACCUGUGUUUCGACAUGGUGCUGACAAGAAUGGAUUUAGUUUAGGAUGCAGCAAAAAUAUGAAACAAGUGUUUGGAGAUGAGAAAAAAUAUUGGUUGCUACCUAUCUUUACAAGUCUAGGUGACGGUUGUUCCUUCCCAACAUGCUUGGUGAAUCAGGAUUCGGAGCAACCAUCCACACCAUCUGCUCACAACUUAUCCGGCAAAAACAUUACUGAAGCACAUCCAUUCCCUGCAAAACCUUUACGAGAAUCCCAGAACCAUUUACUGGGUAGUGGCCAAACUUGGUCUGAAGGAGCUUCUGAUGAUGAGAAAGGCAAGCUUGGUAUGAGUAAUCCUGUCAUGAUUAUAGAGAAUGAGACCUAG